AUGGGAAACGAUAUUCAAAGAGUAUAAUAAUUAGGAGAUAGCAUAAGACAAUUACGAGAAGACAUGGAUGCGCUUUCCAAAAUUGCGCCUCAAGUUGAAAAGAUGAUUGCUUUGUCAAGUACUUUAGAGUCGACAACCAAAAAUAUUAAUGAGAAUAUGUCUAAAGUCAGUAAGACAAUUUAAGAUGUUGAUGAAAAGGUAAAAAAAGCCAAGGAAAUCAUAGAUAAAAUACCUGGAGGAAAUAAAUUACAAUCAUUUUUUUGA